AUGGGAAAGAGUCUUAAAGAUUAUGGUUUACAACACAUUUGUAGAAGCGAAGAUAUUUUGGUACAAAGAACAAGAGAUGUUAUUGAUGCUCUUGAUGCUCCUAUUCCAGAGGCAUGUAAUGCUGCAAGGAAACAACUCAACAAUGAACUACGAACUGCAUACAAGUGUAUUAUUUCUCAUGUGAAAAGGAAAAAACCAGGUCUAUUUUUCAUUGAUGGCCUAGGGGGAAUUGGCAAGACCUUUUUAUACUGUGCACUGUAUGCAAAGGUAUGCCUGCUCAAUCAAAUUGUGUUACCGACAGCAACUUCUGGUAUUGCAGCUUCCAACAUUCCUACUGGUCGUACUGCGCAUUCUAGGUUUAAACUACUAGUUGAUUGUGGACAAUCCUUUACAUGUAAUGUCGGUAAGCAAUCAAGUGUCGCUUCUCUUAUUAAGGAAAUUUCACUAAUCAUAUGGGAUGAAGCUUCCAUGGCUCGUAGAGAGAACAUCGAGUCACUUGAUUUGCUUUUACGUGAUCUAUGUUUACCUGAUGUUCCCUUUGGUGGUAAGGUUGUUGUUUUUGGUGGUGACUUUCGUCAAACUGUUCCAAUUGUUCCCAAGAAAUCACGACAAGAAAUAAUUGGUUACAUCUUAGUUAGUUCACACUUGUGGCCUCUUUUCACCCGAUUUGAACUAACCGCAGUAUAUCCCAAUAUUUCGACUCAGUCUAUCCAUCCAUCAUUUUUUGCUGAACGCGUUAUAUUGACACCUCGGAAUGAAGAUGUUGAUUUGAUCAAUUCAAAGCUUAUUGAUAAGUUCUUUGGAGAUGUCUGUAUUUAUAAAAACUUUGAUUCAGUUAUUGAUGAUCAUUGUAACAUUUAUUUAAUUGAGUUUUUGAAUACACUUUUUCCCAGAGGCAUGAGUCCACAUGAAUUGAUUUUGAAGCUGAAUUGCCCAGUUAUUUUGUUGCGCAAUCUUGAUCCAUCAAGCGGCUUGUGUAAUGGAACUAGACUUAUUUGCAAAAUAUUCAUGCCAAACGCUAUACAAUACGAGAUUUCUACAGGAUUUUCAAAGGGUGAGUAUGUGAUGUUGCCGCGCAUUAAUCUCAGGCCCUCAGAAUCAUCUGGUUAUCCAUUCCAAUUUUAG